AUGGCUCAGGGCAGGGGCAAAGGUACUUGUGAGCCCUCUUCUCGCAAGUGCAAACGUAGCAACCACCAAGUCGGAAGAGUGGUGGGCUGGGAGGAUCGUGAGAAUGCUUCUGCUUCUGCUUCUGCGUCUGCUUUCGCUCCAGCUCCAGCUUUGCGGCGGGUCGCAGAGGGAAAUAUAACAAAAAGAGUCGAAAAAGAACGGCGGUCCACUGCCAAUCAGAGCCCCACAUUCACUAGGCUAGCACAGUUCGACUUCUCGGUCACAAAUGCUGGACCUAGUGCUGGGCUAAGGUGGGUGCUGCAGCUGGGAUGGGCGAGCAAAAAGUGGGUAGUGGGCUCAGCGACUGAUAUGAGAUACGCUGUACAGGUACAUGCUCCCGCCAACGGCGUCGCAUUUGCUCAUUACAGCGCCCGAGCCUGUAGCGGACCUGCUCUGGCUUUAGUGGACUGCCAGCGGGGCCUCCAGCGGGUAGCCGACGGCGUCCCCUGGAACCACCCCACGAUCCGACUCUUGCUCGCAGCCCGACAAAGUAGCGAGACUUUGUGGGACACGCAUUGGCGGCAAAGAGUCAGAUGGCACCAUGAGGUGACCAACCAAUAGCACUUGCAGCCUCCUCCACUGCAGCCAUUACAUGCAAGUCUGAGUUGAGUUAAGGCCUCCUUGGUUCUCAUGGAUACCUUGCCGCGCCCAUCGAGUUCUCACUCACUGCAUCCAGUCGGGACGACAUGUAGGCGUAAUCUGAAGUUCGAGUCUCUCUCUCCUACUAGCCAUACUUAUACGCC